AUGGCGCACCUACAAGGUGGAUCAGUGUCCAGAGGUUCUGCCGCCGCUAGGAUCGAAUCAAGCAGAGCUAUCAACAAGUCCCUUAUUCGCUGCAAGAUCCUUCUCGAGUGUGGGAGCACCGCUGACUUCACCUAUGACCACUGCAUCUCACAAUGGCAAGGGGAACAGUGCCCGAGGCCUACCGCUUCGGUCCUGUCCGGCUCUAAAGUAAGGACAGCCACAGCUCUCUCCCACGCCGAUCACGCCCUCGACCUCGCUUCGUACUACAACCAACCCCAGCUAGUUGCAAAAUCCCAGCUCUUCCGCGGCCACUGUUUCCGCCGAAUGGCCCAAUGGGACAAGGCAUACUGGUGUUACGUUCGCGCGGCAAGCGUGCGCGAGUUCGCGGCCGAAAAGGGGCCAGAAGGACUAGAGGCUUCAACGAAAGAGUGCCAGAGGAGGUUAGGCAGAAGGAAAGAGUGUCAUUACUCCAGCGAUAGCGAGGAGAUUAGUAGUGGGUAUGGAUCAGAUGACGUGGUAUGCCGCUCUGGGAAAGAACACAUCAGUGAAACACCAACUGCUCUCGACACCAAUAUAAAGGAUGUACAGAAGUUGAUGGGGAAGGAAGAGGAAAAGGGAAAACACUCACUUGAGCUAGAUAUGGACGACAAUGAUCAGCAUAGCCGUGGUGACAGCAUCUCAUGUGAUUACCCAAUUCAAGGCAUUGCUGGUAACGUCUCCGGCUUUGCGAGCCUCCGCUCAAGACAAGGUUCCGAAGCCGCCGAUGGGACCCCAACGGCUAUGAGUUUCAAGGAGAUGAUGAACUGCUUUUUUGCUCGGGUCAAGAGCAAAGACACCGCUAAAAACGACGCCGCUUGGCCCGCAACUACAUUGAGAGAUAUAUCGGAGGAACAGUGCAAGUUACAAAGAAGGGAGCAACGUGAAAACAAUGAGGUAUUCGGACCAGGUGCAAUACUUUUCUCCGGAUUGAGCCGCUCUUCCUUCUUUGCGAACCAAAGUGCCUUGCAGCACCAACAUGAUUACAGCGAAGUUUGUUGUACCUGCGACAACAAAUCGAGGCAAGAAGACGGCCAAGGUAAACCCACCGAAUCGGAGUGUGAGCCUUGGUGGUGGGUGAUGCAGACAGGAUUUUACUCCCUGGUCUACUGCGUCUACGAUUUUGCGACUGCUGUACAGUACCUAUGGCUCUCACCUUCCUAG